AUGUUUGCAGCAGCCACCAAGAACUUUGUGAAGCAGGUGGGAGACACAGGAAGGCUCAUUCCUGUCCCGAGUCUUAGUGAGGCCGAUGGAUAUCAACCACUCAGCCUGGUGACCCGGAAGAGACGGAGGCGCUUCUGGAAGAAGCUGAAAUACGCCUCAACGCCCUUUUCUCUGAAGGACAUCCUGGUGGGGGAGAAGGAGAUCACGGCAGGAGUGUCGUCCUAUCAGCUCCUGAACUACGAGGACAAAUCCGACGUGGCCCUCAAUGGCCGCCUCGGAAACCACAUCAUCAACGACGUGGGCUUCAACAUCAGUGGCUCAGACUCGGUGGCCGUUAAAGCCUCUUUCGGCAUUGUGACCAAACACGAGCUAGAAGUGCCCACCUUGCUGCGGGAACUCAACUCCAGGAAGGUGGAUCUGGAUCACUGCCUUGUCCGCCAGUCCAGAGAGAGUGGACGCAGCAUUCUCUGUGUGGUGGUGGAGAGCAUCCGGACCACACGCCAGUGCUCACUCACAGUCCAUGCAGGGAUGAGAGGAACUACCAUGAGGUUUCAGAUUGACGAAGGCAGAAACCCCAAAGGUCGUGAUAAAGCCAUCGUCAUCCCAGCUCACACCACUAUCGCCUUCAGCAUCUGCCCUCUGUUUGUCCGUCUGGACGGCAGACUGGAUAUCUGUGUAGCUCCCGAGUCCCAGGGUGGGUUUGAAAGAGAGCAGAUCAGGGAGCAGCUGGGCGGUGUCAUUGGCCACUUCUCCAUGGGUCGACUCCGCCGCUUCCUUUCUGGCAUAAUCUAUGGAAACCCCUUCAGAGCUGACGACCGAACGUUCGAGGAGCUCACGCACACGGACACCUACAUGGACGACAUGGUGACAGACUACUAUGAGAAGGCCGCCAGCAUGACUGACAUCUCCACCAACUACCUGAGGGAAAGCUCACACACCAGGGUCAACCUACUGAAGCACAACAUCCCCAAAGGACCGUGCGCUCUGUGUGGAAUGGGAAGUCAGAAAAGAGAGACAGUGUACGGGUGUGUGGAGUGCACGAGUGGGGGGCAAAAAUACGUACGCCUCCAUGCCGUUCCCUGUUUCGACCUUUGGCACAAAACGCUGAGAUGA